AUGGGGCGCAGUCGCAAACACGAGCCCCCGCGGGGAGGAUUGAACGGAUACUUGGCAUGGAACAAGAGCCAUCUGUUCCGCUCGUUCCUGGGCCUUCCCGUCCCUCCGAAGGAGUUCAGACAUCCCGAGUUCUCCGAAGCGUUCGCGAAGUUGGACGCCGAGAACAACAACGCUCCCCGGAGCGGCAGCGCCGUAAAGGUUCACGUCGAUUCGAGCGACGCGAAAGAGAAAACAGAGGCACUGGAAGGUCGGGAAGUCUUCGAUCCGGUCGUCUAUCACAACUCCGACGUAUACACCCCGCACAUCUGUGCGCUCGAAGGCGAUCGCUCAAUUUAUAGUUUCGGCACGCUGGAGGACUGGUGGUUCAUGCUGGUGAACGACGCGUCGUGGCCGACACUCAUUGGAGGCGAGAUCGUGCUGGAGGGUAUCGUCAUCUUCACGUGCGGCUGCCUACUCACCAUCGCGCAGAUGCUCGAAGGGGAUAGCGGGUCCAACGCAACCUUUAAGGACAACCUCUUGCUCUCGUUGACAACCGUGCGCCUGUCCACCGACAAGAUAUUCGGUUGGCAGCCGACUACCGCAAGCUCUCCGCUGGAGGUGUGCGUGCUGGCACUAUACGGUUGGACACAUUGGCUACUGCUAAGCGUGGCAUCGGCGCUCAUCGUGGCGCGCGCGCUGCGACCGGCUCGGUCUGGAUUGUUCUCGCCGGACAUGGUUGUUAACGACGACUCCGUGCAAGUCCGCUUCAUGGUGCUGAGGAACCAGAUUCAAAACGGGAUGGGAUUCCUUUACAACAUGGAGUUCACGAUGCAGGGCAUGACCGUAAACGGACAGACGGUGGAUAUGCCCUUGAUUCGCAGCAAGUACGCACUCUGGAGGAACUCGAAUAAUAUCAUAACCUUACGACACAGCGUCAAGGAUGCGAGCUCGCCGUUCAACGAUGGAUUUCCCGGGGGCAGGCAGAAGGUACGAGACAUCUUCGUGACGCUCAGCGCGAUGGAUAUGGACGGGAACUCGGUGUUGAUGUCGGCGAUAUACUUGGAUCCUCUGUUGAUGGACCCUGUCGUGGAAAAAAAGCUGCGACCGUUCAGCCGGAUCCUUCACAACCACAAGUUUGUGGACAUGUACAGAAUCGCUCGACAUCCCGAGAGCAGUCAGAUGGCUUCCGCGGACCCCAAGUUCGUCUGCAACCUGGACAACUUCAUCAAGACGGCGCCUCUGAAGGAUGGAGAGCCAGGUUUUAUCAUGUCGUCGCCAGAUAACCCCGACAAAGACAAUAAAGGUUCCUGAUGA